GGCGGGCGCCGCACCGUGGCCGCCUGCGAGGCUGGGGGACCGGGCGGCGGAGUGGCGCUUAGCCCGGAGGUGCUUUUGUCGCUCGAGGUGCAGCCAGGCGACACCGUGGCGCUGACGUGCGACUUCGACGCUUGCGAGGCGCAGGAGGUCGACGUGGCAGCGCCCCGCGAGCUGCUGGCGGCAUGGCCCGAGCUCAUGGGGGGGCUGCAGCUGGACAGGUACCUCCGGGCCGCGCUGGAUGGGGCGCUGCUCACCGCCGGCGACGCCCGCGCCCUUUCCGCUGGCGGCCGCGCUUGGCGCCUGCGCGUCGCAGCGUGCCGCGGCUCGGCCAGCGGCGGCGAGGCCUCGACGGGACCGAUGCUGGUGGCGGCGUCCACUUCCGUGAAGGUGUCCCUGCAGGAGGAGGAGCCCGCCGCCGAGGCGGGAGGCCAGCCGGAGGCGACGGAGGAGGCCGGCGCCCUGCGCGGCUUCGCGCGCGUGGGCGGGCUGCGCGGCGUGCUGGACGAGCUGCGCGAGGCGGUGCAGCUGCCCCUGGAGCGCCCGGAGCUCUACAGGAGGCUUGGCGUGGGGCCGCCCCGAGGCGUCCUGCUCUACGGGCCGCCAGGGUCCGGCGACGGCGGCGACGGCUCCCGCCCUGCGACAGCGCAUGCCCCGCGCCCGCACGAUGCCAUCCUGCUCUUCCUCCACGGUCUGGAGUCGGGACCGAGCGGCUCCAAGGCGCAGUACCUGCGGCAGGCGUUCCCGAACAACACGGUCCUCGCCCCGGACAACGUGGAGAUGUCCGCACUCUCGCUCACGAAGCGGAACAGCCUCCUGUGCAACUUCGGCUGCGCGCGCUGGUCGAUGGACGGCUGCGUGCAGCUGGCGCUCGAUGCGCUGAAGGAUGCGCUCGAGCAGCUGCUGGGCGGGGGCCUGGGGGGGUCGACAGGCUUCGGGUCGCCGUCGGGCCCGCAGGAGAGCAUGUCGGGCGGCGGCCCGGAACAUCAGCGGCGUUGCAGUGGGUGCUCGUUGACGGGCAUUUUAUGCAAGCCAGGCUGCCCUUGCCUCGACGAGGCGGGGCUGCGCCCCUGCCGGGUGGUCCUGCUGGCGCCCGCGCUGGACGUCUGCGGGCCCGCGCGGGCGAUCUGGCCCGACUUCACGCCCAGGGGCUUCCUGGAGGAGCAGACGAGCCUGGCGGCGGCGGUGCCGAGGCGGCGGUGCACCGAGCUGCUAGUCCUCCACGGGGACGGCGACACGACGGUGCCGGUCGAGGCGAGCCGGGCGCUGGCGCGCCAGUUCGGCGCGCGGCUCCCCGCUGCCGGCGGGGCGGCCUCGGCGAGGCCCGCGGAGGGCGGCGCCAGCGCCGCGGCCGCGGGCGGCAGCGUCGCCGGCGCAGGCGCCGAGGACGGCGGCGCCCUGGACUGGUGCCUCUCCCGGCGCCGUGCCGGGAGAGACGAUGACGCCCGCGAGGACGUCGCGGACAACGCCAGCUGGUUCCGGUACGAGGAGAUCGCGGGCGGGGACCACAGGCUGAAUGCCGCGCUGAUCGACACGGGGAGGCUGGCGCAGCGUGCGCAGAGCCUGGGCAGAGUGCGGCAGAGGGCGCCCCGGCGCCCCAGUGCCCGAGGCACCGGCAAGACGCUUCUGGCCCGCAGCCUCGCGGAGGAAAUGAGAUGCCCCGUGGAGCUCUGCUCGUCGACGGACCUCGUCGGCUCGGGCAUCGGCGAAUCCGAGGAGCGGAUCAAGGCCGCGUUCGACCGCUGCCGGAGGCAGGCGGAGGCGCGCGGGACCGGCGCCCUGCUGUUCAUCGACGAGAUCGAUGCGGUCUGCCCCAAGAGGGACGACGCUGGCGAGGCCGAGCGGCGCAUGGUGGCGGCCUUCCUGACGCAGCUGGACGGCGUCGGCGGCACGGACGGCCUGGUCGUCCUGGGCGCCACCAACCGGCCCGAGGCCAUCGACCCGGCCCUCCGCCGGGCGGGACGCUUCGAGCGGGAGCUCGAGGUCGGCGUGCCCAACACCGAGGAGCGCUGCCAGAUCCUGGCCGUGCACCUCGCCGGGCUCCGGCACGGCCUCUCCGGCGAGGACCAGCGGGAGCUGGCGCGGAGGUGCCACGGCUACGUCGGGGCGGACCUGCGCGGCGUGUGCGCGGCGGCCGCGCGCGUGGCGCUGCGGCAGGGCCUGGACACCAUCGACCUGGCCAGCUGCCUGUCGGCGAUGCGCUUGGUCCCCCCCUCGGCGCUGAAGGAGCUGCUGGUGGAGGUGCCCGAGGUGGGCUGGGGCGACAUCGGCGGCUACGAGUCCACGAAGGAGGCGCUGCGGGAGGCCGUGGAGUGGCCCAUCAAGUUCGGAUGGGCCUUCGAGGCCAUGUGCAUCGAUCCGCCCAAGGGCGUGCUGCUCUACGGGCCUCCCGGCUGCUCCAAGACCAUGAUGGCCAAGGCCGUCGCCACGGAGACGGAGAUGAACUUCGUGUCCAUCAAGGGCCCCGAGCUCUUCUCCAAGUACGUUGGCGACAGCGAGAAGGCCGUGCGCGACGUGUUCCGCAAAGCGCGAACGGCCGCGCCUUGCGUGGUCUUCUUCGACGAGGUGGACGCGAUCGGCACGAGGCGUGACGAGGGAUCCAGCGGCGUCGCCGCCAGCGUGCUUGCGCAGCUGCUCGCGGAGAUGGACGGCAUCGGCUCUGCGACAACGGCGCGGCACGUGGUGGUGCUGGCGGCGACCAACCGCCCGCACAUGCUGGACCCCGCGCUGCUCCGGCCCGGGCGCUUCGAUCGCCUCGUGCACGUGCCGCUGCCGGACGAGGCCGCCCGGGAGCAGAUCUUCAGGCGCCAGCUGGGGCGCAUGGCCGUGGGGCCCGGCCUCGACGCCGCGGACCUCGCGAGGCGCGCGGCGGACCGCACGGGGGCGGAGGUGGUCAUGGUCUGCCGCGAGGCGGCGCUGCUCGCCGUGCGCGAGGCGCUGGAGUCGGCCGCCCGCGGGGUCGAGGCCGCACCGCGCGCGCUGCCUGGGCACUUCGACAGGGCCCUGGCGGCUGUGCUGCCGCGGGUGGACGCAGAGACGGUGCAGUUCUACAUAGACUUCGAGAAGCGCAUGAAGGACGGCUGA